UGCCUUUCCCUCCCUCCCCUCAGUGCCCAGAGACAGAGAGCCCUUCUGAGAGAGAGUCAGAGAGAAAGAGAGGCGGGCUUUUGGCCUCCUCCUCCCCCUCGUCCCCCCAUUUUCCUUGAGACUAGGGCAGGAGGAAGAGGCAGGAGAAGCCCUUUAGCAGCAGGAGCAGCAGCAUGUCUUCCACCUCCAGCCUCAGCACCCUCCAGCGCCUGGUGGAGCAGCUCAAACUGGAGGCCGCCGUGGAGAGGAUCCGGGUCUCUCAAGCAGCUGCAGAGCUUCAACAAUACUGUAUGCAGAAUGCUUGCAAAGAUGCCUUGCUCGUGGGAGUUCCUGCAGGAAGCAACCCAUAUCGAGAGCCCAGGUCCUGUGCAUUGCUUUGAAGGAAAGGUCAUCCGAAAUUUAUCUUCACGUACGAUUGGAGAUCUGGCAUCCUUUCUUUUUUCAACGGACCCUUUCUCUACGCCCUCCUCUGUGUGGCCAAAACUGUAUCCUUAGGUAUUUGUUAGUCUGCUUGAUCAUUGUAGUAACUGAUUAGAUCUUUUGAUAAUACUUGUACAAAACCUUUUAUAAGGAAAACAAAAGUUUCCAUUUGUAAUUGAGUCAGCCAUCUUUCUACAACUACUACUCUUGACUUGUUUUUGUUCUAGUUAAGAAAACUACCAAACGUCUUGUUCCAUAGUUAUUUGUUGUGCCUGAAUGAGACACUCACAAGGUACCUUCUCACAGCAAUAUGUUUUCUGAACAGAGAGAUGCUCCCUGCAAAAUUUAAACCCUUUUCAGGCUGCAACCAGCAGGACUGUCUAUUGAGUAAAUAAGCAUGAGGCUGGGUGCAUGCCCCAUUAAUUUCAGUGGAAGAGCACAUACUUAACUCUCCUUUCAAAAGUGGAGGCCUCCAUUUAACAUCCUAAACGUCAGUCAAGGCAUCUAAUUUUAGCAUGAGGACCAAGUUAGUUUUACGGCACAUAUAGAAAGCUUUGUGUGGCCCACACUGGAUGCUAACUCCUCCCAAAUUUGUCUCCCUUCCGAAGGGUUUGGAACAGCUGAGAAAUGCCUUGUUUAGCAUAUGCCCAAGCUGUUUCCUGUGAGGUAUACAAUGGGAUCUUGCUCAAAGGAAAGAGUGUUCAGCCCUCCUCACCCCCCAAAUACUGAGAUGGAGCAAGUGAAGGAAUGUGGGGUAUGGUGCGUGCUUGUUUAAUAGGAAAAAUCACUGCUUCUGCAUGUGAAAGUGGAAGAAGUGUGUAUAUGUGUGUUUGUCUGCGAGUGAAAUGGGAAGGGGAUACCAGUCCUAGAGCCCUUCCAUGCAGCCCUAUAUCCCAGAAUAUCAAUCAGAAAAUCCCACAUUAUCAGAGUGUGGACUCAAAUAACCCAGUUCAAAGCAGAUAUUGUGGGAUUUUUCUGCCUUGAUAUUCUGGGAUAGAGGGCUGUGUGGAAGGGCCCUUAGUUAUACCCUCUACCAGCCCAAGAACCACCCACUACUGUCUCCGGCUAUGCCUAGCAUUCAUUGCCCAUACCUAAGAACAGAGGACACAUGCAAGACAAUUUUUUAUUUAUAAAACAUUGUUGCAACACUAAAAUCAGAGCGAGCUAAUUAUCUACAGAGGUAGCGGGACUCUUGCUCACCAUAAAAAGCUUUUGCCUUUAUUUUGUAUUGUUUUUUUAAAAUGGAAUUUUCUAACUUAUGACAUAUCAGUCACAAAGUAAGACACUACAUUACAAAUGCAAUUCAAUUCCAUAGGCCAAACUUUGUCAAGGUUUGCAACAGUAAUGGACUCCCUAAAAAUUUGUUUUCGUAGUGGGGUGCCUUUGAUUUUUUGUUUGUUUAUUGAGCACUUUUACACAUACUGUUUACUUUUUAAACAAUUGUUCUGUUUACACACCAUUGUAUGUAUUAAUAUAUUAGAAGCUUUUCAAAAAAUAAAAAACCUUUCCCUAAUUCAA